UGAUAUUAAUGAUUCUGUUAAUAAUGAUAGUAAUAGAUUUAGUGAAUGUAAUUCUAAUAAUAGUGGUUAUAAUAGUUAUGAUGAAUAUGAAGAAAUAAUGCAAGAUAUAUUCGAAGUUAUUA